GGUCCCAGGAGAAAGGCUCACGUGGUUUUCUCUGCCCCGUGACGUCACUAGCAGAUGGCAUGGGUACCAGCUCUGGCAGUUGGCAUCAAUGUCACUUUUUAGAGAUCAAUGAGAUAGUGCAGAUAUACACAGAUCUAGACUCCAGCAGACGAUGCGACAUUCAGACUGAAAAGAUUUGGAAGGCAAAAAAUGAAAACUGAUUGUUGAAUGAAAUAAAAAGCUAAGGUAACUUAAGAUUAUAGAACCAUGUUAACACUACCAUUUGAUGAGUCUGUUGUAAUGCCAGAAUCCCAGAUGUGUAGAAAGUUUCCCAGAGAAAGUGAUGACCAAAAGCAAAUGAAGAACCCAGAAAGCUUUUCAAAGCAGAUCAUCCUCCGAGGAAAGAAUAUUAAAAGAUCUCCUGGAGAAGACACCGAAAAAGAAGAGGAGGAGGAAGAGAGAGAAGAGGAGGAUGAGAAUGGCUUGCCAAGGAGAAGGGGCCUUAGGAAAAAAAAGACGAGCAAGAUAAGGAUGGAAAGGAUUAAAUUCAGGCGUCAAGAAGCCAAUGCUAGAGAGAGGAACCGUAUGCACGGCCUUAACGACGCUCUGGACAAUUUAAGGAAAGUCGUCCCUUGUUAUUCUAAAACACAAAAACUGUCCAAAAUAGAAACUUUAAGACUAGCCAAGAACUAUAUUUGGGCUCUUUCUGAAAUCCUGCGAAUUGGGAAGAGACCUGACCUGCUCACCUUUGUCCAAAACUUGUGCAAGGGUCUGUCCCAGCCGACUACAAACUUGGUGGCAGGAUGCCUGCAGCUGAAUGCCAGAAGUUUCCUAAUGGGCCAGGCAGGUGAAGGUGCCCAUCAUACCCGCACACCCUACUCCACCUUCUAUCCUCCCUACCACAGCCCGGAGCUUGGCACCCCCCCAGGGCAUGGGACUCUCGACAACUCCAAGUCCAUGAAACCAUACAAUUACUGCAGCGCUUACGAGUCCUUCUAUGAAAGCACUUCCCCUGAGUGCGCCAGCCCACAGUUUGAAGGUCCCUUAAGUCCUCCCCCAAUUAACUAUAAUGGGAUAUUUUCCCUGAAGCAAGAGGAAAGCUUGGACUAUGGCAAAAAUUACAAUUACGGCAUGCAUUACUGUGCAGUGCCACCCAGGGGUCCCCUUGGGCAGAGCUCGAUGUUCAGGUUGCCUACAGAGAGCCACUUCCCUUACGACUUACAUCUGCGCAGCCAGUCUCUCACCAUGCAAGAUGAAUUGAAUGCAGUUUUUCAUAAUUAAUGAGGAAAAUGAAAAUAAACAGUGGUCAUUCACCUCCCCAUCUAAUUAAGAGCAAGCAGAUGCUUGGGCACUGCGUAAUUGGCACAAUUCUAUUUAAAAUGUUUACUAGUUCCUAAAGCGUGUUUCAACUAUUGUGAGGAUUUUCUAUGUAUUAAUAAACCCUUUUUAUUAUAAGUAUUUUUUUUGUCUGUAAUCACUGUGAGAAUAUGUUUCCUCCCAGAGGUUUUCUCCCUCCUUUUUAACUUUUUAUUUCCCUAUUUGUUUGAUUUGUUGAGCAGUGUGUCUGAACAAUAUUACUGAAAUAAAAGCGUACACACUGUGUAAAGUCAAUGUCUAUUUUGAUUGUAUAGUAAUUAUACA